GAUACCUGGAUGGAUUUUGCGAACAAACGAGGAGUGAGUAACAGCGGUCUGGUACACUGUCUGUAUAGCAUGUUCUUUGGCUAGUUCAUAAAAAGAUGGAAUUGCAUAUUUUAACGAUAGUGUUGAUUUUAGAGAUUAUUCUAUUGUAUGCAUCGUCAUUAACUGGAUUAUCAAUUGCAGUUUUCGUUGGGAAAACAAAGAAUGAUUUUCAAGGGCAGUGCAUUCUUGGGGCGGAUGUUAAGUGGAACACAAGUAGCAACUUUGUAAUAUACACCGAUGCAAGUAAUGCAUCCAAGUGCGCUUACUGUAUUGGCUUACAUAUUGUUCUCCUACUCUUUAGUCUGGUUUAUGCAACGUAUUGGCUUGUGACGCUAAUGUUCAAGAAGGAAGGAGUUCGUAUUUUUCAGAUUUUAAGCAUUGUAUUGUAUGGUAUAUUUACCUUCUUGGUGUUCGUUCAAGCAGGUGUUUUAACUCGUGGUUUAAAUCGUUUUUGCAAUGGUUUGACGUCAGGUGACAUGGAGAGCCACAUAGAAUCGUGCCAAGAAUCACAAGACAUUGUUCGUUGGAGGGGUUUGGAAGGCGCAUCAUUUUACAAUCGUCUUAAAAAAGCAGAGACUGCAUCUUGGCUAGCCGCUGUUUUCUGGCUCAUAAUGCUAGUGUUGGCUGCUUUCCGUUGGAUCUAUGAGAAGAGGCAAUCUUCAGUUCCUAAAAACACAAUUACUUAAAAGCCUACCUUUCACUGGUCUGGUGCUAUCUCUGUAGAUACAAAUUUUAAAAUAGUUUAUAAAUUUAUUAAACACCUAUGCAAAUAUUUAUUUUUAUGUUAUUUAUUAUACUAAAUUUAGACGUUUUUUUGCUGUAUAUUAUUUUAAUUAUUUUUUUCUAAAUUUAUUAUAGACUGAUGUUUGUAAGGGUGUGUUUUAUCCUCU